CAAUCCUACGGUUUUUUUUCACCUCGCCCUCCCACCCCUUGCACGGCCUCUCUGUUCCCAACCCUAUCAAUUUCGCUGCUUCUUCCGUGAUCCAUGAUCCAACCAAUAAUUUUUUCCAGGACCCGGCCUCAGUUUAUAUAUUAAAAAAAAAAAUUAAUAUAAACAAAUAUCAGCUUCCAGACAAAACCUCAACCACUCCGUUACCAGCUUCCUACUUCCCACCAUGUCUGAGCUUACUUUCUUGCCUCUCAAGUAUUCAAUUCCCAUUUGGUCUUCUCUCUGGCAUCCUUUCACCUCAUAAUUAUCAUCACUCGUAUUCCAAAGCUCUUCCAUUUCAGUCUCUCCCUCUCUCUGCUUUUCUUGUCCUUUCCUCCCAGAAUGGCAAAAAGAGCAGUGAAGUACUCAGUGAUAGAUGCCUUUACUGAUACUCCCUUCAAGGGGAAUCCGGCUGCUGUGUGCCAGCUGGACGAUGAAGUGGCAGGAGCUGUGGAUGAGGAGUGGAUGCAGACGGUUGCCAAGGAGUUCAACAUCUCACAGACCGAUCCUGUUUGUGGUAGCGCACAUUGUGCACUAGCACCCUAUUGGAGUAAGAAGCUGGGGAAACACAAUCUCAUUGCUUACAUGGCUUCUCCAAGGGGUGGGAUAUUGGACUUGCAAUGGGAAGAGGAGGCAGGACGAGUGAAGAUUCGGGGAGAAGCUGUUACUGUGAUGGUGGGCACUUUAGUGGUCUAGAAUUUUAGGCUUCUAAUAGCAGAACAUGUCACCAGUCCAUUGCUGAAACUGUUUCCUUGCUUAAACAUGGUUUUGUUGGUUUAAUUUGCUUGGAACUGAGAUCUUCCAUACAAAAUAUUUGCCUGAUUGUCUCAA